AUGAGUUCUUUCCCUAGGAUCAAUAUUCCCAAGGUUCUGGAGGCUCAGGCCAAAUACAAUAUGUUUACAUGUGUAAGGCCGGUAGCCAUGCACAUUGAGAAUCCUCACAGUUUACUCAACAUGAAAUUAUGUGCCAUUAAGGACAAUAUAUGUGGAAUUCCAGAACCUACAACUUGUGGCUCAAAGAUGCUGAAGAACUAUAGAUCCCCCUUCAAAGCUACAGUACUAGAAAUGCUGGAAAACUAUGGCACAGUUAUUGUGGGCAAAACCAACAUGGAUGAGUUAGGUAUGGGAAGUACUAAUACAAACAGCGUUUUUGGACCAGUCUACAACCCAUCCUUUGAUAAGACUCAAAAAAAAUUGUCUAAGUAUACAUUAUCAGAAUCACAAGACAUCGAAGAAACUUAUGAUUUUCCCAAGCACAUAGCUGGUGGAUCAUCUGGUGGAUCUGCCGCUGCAGUGGCUUCUAACGUUGUUGAUUUUGCAUUGGGCACAGAUACUGGUGGCUCAGUAAGGCUACCUGCCUCUUACUGUGGCGUUGUUGGCUUCAAGCCGACUUAUGGACGGCUUUCUCGUUGGGGAGUAAUUCAAUACGCUCAAAGUUUUGACACAGUCGGUAUUUUAUCUCGUGAUGUAGACACUUCGAAAGUAGUUUUUGACUACUUGAACGAGUUUGACGAGAAAGAUCCUACUUCGUUACUUCCAUCUCAUAGAGAGAGAAUUGAUGAGUUGGUUGAAACCAGAAACAAAGGCUUGCACAAGUUACGAAUUGGAAUACCCAAGCAACUGAAUCUGGAUAUCGAUUCGAACGUAAGAGAAUCAUGGAUAAAGCUUAUCUCACAACUAUUCGAUCAGGAUCAUGACAUAUACCCGGUAGAUAUACCAUCCGUUGAACACAGCAUACCCUCUUACUAUACAUUAGUACCGUCUGAAGCAGCAUCUAAUCUAGCACGUUACGACGGGAUAAGAUAUGGUUAUAGAAGCAAAUUGGACUCCAAGGGAGAUGUUCUUUUUGCACCCACCAGAGAUGAAGGAUUUGGGGAAGAGGUCAAAAGGAGAAUUUUAAUCGGAAACUUUAACUUGUCUCACGAAGCAUAUAUUAUUCAUUACUUAAAGGCCCAGAAUUUAAGGCAUCAAAUAAAAUUGGACUUUGAUAAAGUUUUUCGUUUCCCUAACGUCCUAACUUCUUCUCAGCCUUCUUCGGAAGGAGUGGACAUUUUAAUUGCUCCAACAAGUCUUUCAACGGCGCCAACCGUGGAGGAAGCCAAUUCGAUGACUCCAUUAGAGGUUUUCGUCAAUGAUGCACUAACUGUACCCUCGUCACUGGCUGGGCUACCCACUUGUAGUAUUCCCAUGAAAACACCAGAACCAAUUGGCAUGCAAGUGAUCGGUCAAUUUGGUGACGAUAACCUUGUGCUAAAUGCCAGCCGUUUGAUACAACAGUUCAUGUAA